UGGGGUGGGGAUGGAGGGCGCGGGCGGGAACCAGACGGAGGCGUCGGGGCUGCUGCUGCUGCUGCUCCCGCCGGCGGCGGACAACAGCAGCGAGGGUCUGGAGCGGGUGGUCCGCUGCUGCACGCCGGCCUCCGUGGUCACCGACGGCGGCCUGGGCCCCGGAGGCCCCGACGAGCGCAGCCUCUACAUCAUGCGCCUCGUGCAGAUCGCCGUCAUGUGCGUCCUGGCCCUCACCGUCGUCUUCGGCAUCUUCUUCCUCGGCUGCAACCUGCUCAUCAAGUCCGAGGGCAUGAUCAACUUUCUGGUCAAGGACAGGAGGCCGUCCAAGGAGGUGGAGGCCGUGGCCGUGGGGCCCUACUGACCGGUCCCCUCGGGGGAGAAGGCUCGCCGGGACUCGGCUCCCCUCGGAUCCCCCCACCUCGGACCCCCCCGGGCUCCCCCUCGGACCUCCCUCGGACCCCUCUAGGACUCUCCUUGGACACCCUUUGGACCCCCCCUUUGGACCCCCCAAGGACUUCCCUUGGACCCUCCUUAGAUCCCUCUUGGAUUCCCCUUGGUUCCCCCCCACACACACACACACAAAGACACACACGCACACACCCCCACCCCCAUCCUCCCCGGCCACACAUCCCGGCCUGGGUUUGGAGAGAACGGGUUUGGGAGCCCGGGGGAGAUGGGUCGAUAACAUGUGGGAUGUGCUGUUGGACGGACUGGUUUUUGGGGGGCUGAAAAAAAAAUUUAAUACCGAAAAAAUAUUUGAUGAGUCGUUUUCCGCACCCUCUUUAAGUUGGUGGGAUCCCGAGUUGUCGUUCCAAGAGAAAUAGGAUCCCCCCACCUCCAAGGACCAACCCCGCAAUUGUGAGUGGGUUGAGUCGUUCAUUUGUUGUGUGUCUCCUGUUGCUUUUCGUAUGGGGAGGGAGGGGAGGGCUGAAAUGAUUGUCGGGGUUUGGGGGGGAGAUGGGCCGGGGCGUGGGUCCGCACGGUUUUCGCAGCUAAAGUGUGUGUGGUUGGUCUGUACGGUCCUGUUUGGAUAGUCUUUUCUCUAUUGACUUUUUAUUUAAUAAAGACAUCUUCGGAAAGGC